AUGUAUAUGAAUGAGAUAGCAAUUCAUCCGAGAUUUCAACCUCGUGCCAGACCUCAAUGGCUUGUUAAUCUUAGCAAUAAAGUCGGUUAUUAUGUGUACAGCAUUGCAGAUUGUGUGGGUCGCGAUCUUGAUGCUGACUGUAUGCAAUCAAUGAUUGACUGUGGAGUAUCACCUAACUGGCCUGAUUGUGUUAUCGGUGCUCUCUGUGGUGGAGUACCAGCGUUUAAUCGAUGCAAAAGCACAUUUGGAAAAUAA